AUGGCGUCGCAAGGGCACCCAACCCAGGCAGAUGGCCAGUGUCUGCGCUACCCCGAUCCCAUUCCCCCUCAGCGGGAGAUCAACUACGAGACCGCUGUGGGCAUGCUGAUGCGCGCCGCAGGGACCGCCCAGAACGUGCCGUUCGUCUGGAGUUAUGUCGAUAAGCCGCAAGAUGGCACCGUCCUCCUCCUCUACCUCCCGCUCGGAAACCCAUUCCCCAACGACGGUAUCCGCUACCAGGACUCAGAAAUCAAGGCCGUCGUCCCCGCUGGUGGUGGCCGGGAACUCGAAGUGUGCGAAAUCAAGUACGGCUUCAUCCCAGGCGCUGGCGAACCCAGCUCGUCGCGUCUUCGUCGGCGGUACCGUCUCCAGAAAGGCGGCCACCCUCAGCUCGUCCUCGUGCACUACACGCGAGGACCUAUGAUACUCAUCCCGCCCGGAAUCGCAAACCAGCCCGUCCGAGCGUAUCCCCUCCGUGCGCUGAACGAACCCUCGGUGUACGUCGCGGGCGAAAAGCAAGGUCAGAAGAUGUACCCUCCUGGUAUGGGUCCUGGAGCCAUGCACGCUGGAGGUGGGGGGCCUGCGUCUAUGGCACCUGGAGCGAUGGGCAUGCCUAUGAACUUCAGCCAGCAGCAGGCAAUGCUCGCGCAGCAAAAUAGCCAGAUGGAGGCAUUGGAGAGGAGAAGAGAGCGAGAGAGGGAAAGAGAGAGGGCUGCCCAAAGGGAUGGACAAACUGCUGGGAGACCUCCACAAGGACGGAUACCGGAUGACGAUGAUUCUGGAGAUGAGGUUGACCAAAUUUCAACGCGAACGCUGGCGAUGGCUCGAUACAAGCGCAACCACGAGUGGAUGAACGAAGUUUUCCACAGAGCAGCGUUUGGCGAUCGCGCUCCUAAACCCAAGUCCACGCCCUACUCCAUCUUCUCAAAAUCGGAGCUUGAAGAAAAAACGGCAAAACUACAAACCGAGAUUGAAGCCUUGCAGGCAAGCUCCGCGAAACGACGAGCAGACAAAAUCAGAGAGUCGCAAAGUCAACCAUCAGCAGAUAUUACCAUGUCCUCGAUAGCAGGAGACUCGGUGGCAGCUUGA